AUAGUGUCUGCCGGCAAGUUACACCCGGAUGUGGUUGCUCUCGCCAUGAAUAGAGAUCCAUGGAGACUGUUCCGUCGUGAGACUCAAACGAGUAGUAGUCCUAUCGUGUAUCUGCCGAGAUCCGUCAGGUAUGCCGAUGCUGCACCACCGCAGUCGCCUAGACAGACUCAGUCACACCAGCCGUCACCAGUGCAGGAAAGUCUGGAAUCUGAAACGUUUGUUAGCAGUUGCAGUGACAAACAAACGCAGUCAUGUUUACUGUCAGACCAGCCAGGGCCAGCCUCAGAUGAGGACUUUGUAGCGGCCUCGACGACAGCGUGGACACCGGGGACACCUGAUCCAGCUUCCGAUUGUUUUGAGGGGCCACCAGCAAAAUCGCGUUGCCUCUCUUCUGUCGCAUCUGACUGUUCAAUGUCAAAUGAGACCGUUGUAACACUCGGCUCAGUGUCAGGAGGAGAUCAUCGACGUCAUAGAAAGCCAGGCGACUGUAGACGUCUGUGGCACUCUGAAUGGGAAACAGCGUAUCUUGUAAGGUAUGACGACAAAAGCAAUAAAUGUGUCUGCUUGAAGUGUAAUAAGACAUUGGAGACCGUGAAGAAAUAUACCUUCAGCGGCAUUACGAGAGUAACCACUCUGAUACUAAAGCAUGGAGUACUAAGAAAAGGAAACUUUUUGUAAUGCAAGCAACG